AUGCCGUGGCGAUAUGUUUUGUCCUCCUCAAGCGAUGAAGAUGGCUCGCUGGAAAGUUCCGAAGAGUCCAGCUCUUCUGUGAAGCUCAAUGAACACCAAAGAUCUUAUCUGGAUAUAGGCAACCUUUUCUUGACUCGAAGUGGACUGUCCAAGUGGAUUGAUGAAUUUCCGGGCGACUUCACUUUUGCUAGUGAUUGCAGCGGAGCUGAUACUCCAUGGCAAGCUUUGGAGAUGCUUUUUGAAGCAGCCCAAAAGAAGAACCAUCUCCGCUAUUUGUCUGCAAGUGAGAUUCAUCAGGCAAAACGCAGAUUCCUGAGGGAGAACUUUGAAUGUAAGAAGUUGUCGAGCAACCUGUUCACGAACAACGUCAAGUGGCUGGUCAACCUCCUAUGUUGCUACAUUUGUGGGUUCCCGUGUACCCCAUACUCGUUUCUUCAUGUUGGAACACAGCUGCUUCAAGACCCCAACGCUCGACAGCUUUUCCGCAUUUUGCGGAACUGCCGACAAGUUCGUCCCGCAAUCAUCUUGCUGGAGAACGUGAUGGGCUUUGAGAGGGUUCUAGACCGUAUCCUUAGCCUGAUUCGACGGAACUUGGUCGGGUAUGAAUGUGCGGUAGUCCGUCUCUCACCGAAGCAGUUUGGCGCCCCGCUAUCGCGGCAACGCCUCUACAUCUUCAUCAUCCGCGAUGAUGUUUUGGUUGAGGGGGCUCUGGGAGGAAAGUUUGAGCAAUGCAUCGUUGACCAGUUGUCUUCCCUCAGAAUGGAUGUUGAGACCACUUGGGACAAACUCCUUCUUCCUAAUGACGAUCCUUGCGUUCAAGCAGAUAUUUACCGCCGUCACCAGCUUCAGCAGAAGAACCGGCGAACGCCGGUCAAUCCCAAUGCUAAAUGGAUUGCUCGUCAUCAAACCUGGGCUCAAGAGCGACAGGUGGACAUUGGCCAAACUGCUGGCCUCUUUGCUUCACGAUACCCACAAGCUGCGCUUAGUGUCACAACCCGAAGGGAAAUGCAGGCUCUAAAUCUCCUAUUGGGCUACAAGAAGGAUGUUGCACUGGCAGACACGUCUCAGAACUUGGGAAGUUUGCCAAACAUCACCACGAAGGACAGACCCAUGAUGUGCUUAACGCCCCAGGGGCGAUUCCUGUCCUUCGUGCACCAGCGGUACAUCACUGGCCGGGAAACAUGUCUUCUUCAGGGCAUGCCCAUUCAUCGUCUCAAACUCUCCAGUGUCUCAGAGAACGCAUCCCAGCUGCAUAUGGCUUCCGUCGGUGUGAUCCACAUAUUGGCUUCUGUGAAUGACUCUGGCUCAGAAUCGCUCAGCUCAGACUCAGAUGCUGGAUCAGAUGCGGAGCAACUGACCUCGGAGGUGGUGGAGCUCUCACUGCAACGCUUGCAGACCGAACGCUCGCCCAGCUGUGAAGACUGCAUCGGCUACGUCCUUCUUUGUGCACAUGUACUGGAGUGCUGGGGAAACGACGGCGGUCCUGACUUUCAGGAGCACACUCGCCUUGCAGAUGAACUUCUUUUUCAUUACAGUCAACAGUGGAAGGACAGGCAGGUCUACUGGCUAGCGCGAAGUCGCUCCAGGACGGAGAGAGACAUGAUGACAAUGAUCAUAGAUUCUUUUGAUCAUUGCAAGCUGAUGUUACCGCGAUUUCCCAACCGGCGAAGCCCUAAAUCCUCAGUCUACGAAACAAUCAAACGAACCUCAAUGACCCUCACUUGUGCCAUAUGCCACGGAUGGGGCAUAUACUUUUUUUGGGCUGAUGAAGGCCUCCCACAAGGGUCCAACUGGACGCUUGAAGUUGCGAUGAAAGCGAUUGACUACGCAUGGUCAUACUGUCGCCGCCUUGGGAAGCAGUUCCCUUCAGAGCUGUGGUUACAGGCAGACAACGCCUGCAAAGAGGUUCGUAACUCGUCUGUGGGCCAGCUGGCAUGCUUGCUAUGCCAAGCUCAAUUUUUCACAACGGUGACACAAGCUCAUUUACAAGUUGGUCACACGCAUGAAGACGUAGACGCAGCACUGGCUGUGGUGACCUCCGCUCUUAACGGAACUAGUGACAUUCAAACUCCUCGAGACCUUCAGAGGGCGAUAGAAGCUCGAGUUGCUCCACUCUUCCGGUCGUAUGGAAUGGAAUGUGUGGCAGAGAUUGUUGACACCGCGAGAGAUUGGAACCACUUGAUGCCUGGCUGCGUCUCUCUUUACAACGCGUACAAAGGGAGAAAACAGAAGCCAGGUGAAGAGCUAAAGAAAGUCCCACAAAUGUUUACUUUUCUGAGGCGAGAAGAUCUUCCUGGCGAUGGAUAUCAGCUGGCCACAGAGGAGACGGUUCCGAAGAGGCUCAGGGUGGCUGGGAACAGCAAAGACAUAUUCUGCUUAGUGAAAAUGAACAUGUCGGACACGGUUUUGUGCCAAGACCCUUUGUUGGUAUACCCUGCUGGUCUCCAAGCGUCAAGUGACCAUUUCUGGGACCGAAUUUCCCGGAACAUUCACCAUGCAGUGAUUCAACAGAAGUUGGAUGGGGAGCGUGCUGCAGAGCUUACCCGUCUUGCCAAGACUUUGAAAGCCGACUUCCCCCACUUUCACAGAACAUACCAGUACUAUGAGAUGUUGAUGGAUGAAAACCGUCCUAGGCAACCUCUUUCGAAGCUUUUGUUUAUUGCGGCUGGCCCACAUGCCCAGUCGAGGGUUGGCGGAGUGCAGCUUGGGCAACGCCCAGCGCCACCCAAGCCGCAUCACUUGAAGGUUGUCUCCCAAUGCAACUUGGGUGAGUAUGUGAACAAGGUCUUCUCGGACUUGGGCCUGUUUCAGCAGGUGGUGGACAAACUGAUCCUGGAACCGUACGACAACCCUUCUGACCGAAAACCAACCAUCACUUUGGUGCCAUCAAGUUCUCUCUCUGAAUUUUGGAUUGGCCUGAACUACUUUGACAUCACGCGUGGUGGCAAGAAUGGAUUCUACCCGCAGAACAGCCAGUUCGCCCUGCACUGGCGUGAGUUUUUGGGCGGCUACCGGUCCACAGAAUCUGUUGAAACGAAGUUCCCCUUUAGUGACAGCUCUCGUGCGCUCCGGGUGAACUCAAUUGGGUUCGUGGAUUGGCAAACCAAAGUGCUCAUCAUGGUGUCCAUUCUUGCCAUGUGCCAUGAAUUGGAAUGGACUGAUGAACAGCUCAGUGAUCCUGCAGUGGUGCACAUGUUGAAAAGCUUCAGGUGGGUGCGAUGUUCCUUUACCUACUUCUCAAACCCUGCUCACCACCACCUCCAUAGUUUGAAAGUGGGCCACAUCACCGCAGAGAAACAGUCGCCAUCGGCAAUCCAAUUCUAUGCUGAUUUGAAGGAGGCAAUUGCACUUGAGCGUAGACUUCAACAAGGUAGCAAACCCUUGAAAGACAUUCUGUCCAAGAUGGUUGCAGACUACAACCGCAUGGUCACUGUCCGCUCCCACCGGAUUGACACAAAUCGCCGGAAUAUGGCAUACAAUCUGCUCAGAGCACCUCCGGAAUUCCAUCAGGUUGUUCAUGCCCAUUAUGACGUGUACAAGCACAGUCAGUCAGGAAUCACAUUGGACAUCCUCGCCCUGGACUUUUGGGUCCCAGGCUCCUGUGCCAGAGCGGAUGCACCUCAGUACAAAGGCAAGGAGGUGUUCAGGGAGAUCCUGGAAGUGACUGAAGCUGUCAGCAUUUUGUAUGUGGAACGGGUGACCCAGGAUUUUUGCAAACGUGCCAGCAAAACCGCUACAUCAAGAGUGAAGAAGCAGAGCCAGCUGGAUGAAACUGGUCACCUGCAACUCUUUGACGUGGUGUGUUUGUGGCUUUGGUUGCAACCAAAGCUGCGCGCUGAGUUUCCGGGCAGCACAAUGCAACACCAUGACGAGCUCUUCAAGAAGGGGAUGUUGGACAAUGAUCUGAGCUCAGUGAUGCGUGCUGGUGAGCCGUUUGAUUGGAAGAGGAUUAACUUCGUGUUGGAGGUGCGUGGGCAAACGGUGGAAUCAUUCAUCAGCCAGUCGCAAGACCGGCAGCGCAACGCUAUGCAGAAGUCGGUGCAGGCAGCAUUCCGGGCAUGGCAGGAGCAGCUGGCCUCUGACCAAGUUAUCUUUGAGCAGCAGCAGAUCAUGCUGGAGAAGUCCAAUGCAAAGACCCGUGCUAAACUGGUGCGCCAACUGGAGGAGCAUCAUCACAAAGCAUGGAAGUGCGUCAAGGAGUACCUAUCCAGCACUCUCAGGCUUUUCCCAGGUAAAUCACCAGACGCUGUCAGCACCGUAAUGCCGGAGUUGAAUGGGUGGAUUGAAGAGACGCUGUCCGACAUCGCAGAGGUGCAAUCAGCGCUGGAUCACGGAGUGAUCUUAUGGGUCAAUUUGCCCAGUGUGGGUAUUUUGAGCGCUCACAGACUGGAUUGGGUCUUGACGUACUUGAGCAACACUUUGAACAAGUACAAGAAGAACGGGAUGGCAAUUGUGAUUCACGCAAACCGAGCGGGACAAGUUGGCGGGAAAGACCAAGAAGUCAAAAGUGAGGUGAAGGAUGAGGAUGAGAACACAGCGAAGAAGGAAGAGGACACUGAUGAUGAUGAUGAGGAUGAGGAUGCACCACUGGUCCAGGAUGCUGAUGUGCGCGAUGUACGCUAUCAGUUCGAGAAAAGCUUGAGUCUGAAAGAACGCAACCUUUUGGUACGCCCUCUGAGCUUCAUCUUUGACCCUGAAAGUGUGUAUGGAAAAAGGGAUGGUCUACUUCCUGCAUUGGCUGUGGUUAGCAAGGCGGACAAGAACAACCAGUUCGUUACCAGCAAAGCUUUCAAGAUGGGCUGCGUCCACGGCAUUCAAAUGCUGCCCAGGAACCAAAUGGUGAAGCAGAAUGCACCAUCUGAGCGCCCUCACCUGGGCCGUGCUAUGACAGACGUACAGGAGAUGCGGCAGGUGGCAGGUGGCACAGACUUGGUGCGGAAAGCUCUUUCUGCCCUAGCCCCACAAUCCAUGUCAACACUUGUGCUGGCUGAUGUCUUGGCGAAUGAUGGUUGGCCAGCGCUGGCAGCAUUGGAAGAAAACACUUCCGGAUCCCGCUUGGUUUGUGGCUCAGUGGCUUUGGACACUUCAACGGAUGAGCUCAGCAAACGCCUGGCAAACUCGGUCUAUGACAAGUGCAGGGCUGGAUCACUAUCUCUGCAAGGAUUUCCAUCCUUUGACCCGUUGGUGCAGGCACUGCGCAAUGGUGUUUCUGAGACAAACCGCGCUGAGUAUCAAGUUUGCGCGCCGGUUGGUGAUGGAAAGCUUGCUGUGUUGCAAUCCUAUGCGCAAAAGUUCUUGGACGACGAAAGCACCAGUCAAUCGGCAUCUGAUCUCAUCCAUGACCACAACAACAAGUUCAAUGUGGGCGGAGAGUUUCUGAGGGAAGAGCAAACUAGGAACCCGUCUGGUGGAACUCCUGCAGAAGAAGGGGUUGCCAUCAAAAAGAUCAAGGUUGAGACUGGGGACCAAUGUAGCGAGGCUGACAUCUCAGGCCUUCCCAAACCGUUGAAGAUCAACAUCAACAACACUGCGGAGCUUCUGACCUGUGGCGAUGGGAGCGCCAUUUACGUGACCAGCAAGGGCAAGAACGAUUUCGAAGCCAGCGAAGUGACAGCCUGUGCCGAUGGACGUUGGUUCGCUUUCUCUGCCUCCCUAGAUUUGGUUUGCAUCCUGGAGAAGAAAACCGUGCCUGAACACCUGAUGGAACUUAGUGCUUUGGAUCGCCCCGUAUUCUUGCGCAAAAUCCUGGCAGAACUUGAAGAUCAUGGAGAGGUUGGAAUGAGGAUUUCCCAUCACACCAUGACCGCAGAAGAUCCCAAUCCAAAGCCUGAAAAGGCUUUGGUUUUUGUCUUGGAUGAAGUCAAGGAUGAGCCUGAGGGGCAGGGGCAGGAUGGCAAAUCCAAAAAGCGUAAACGGAAGUCCGCUGGGUUUCAACCAACGGCCAAAAACUUUGGUUCACGGAUUUCGAUCAACAAAGUAAAGUCAGCUUCAAAGAUCGUGAUUGGAUGGCGUUGCAGGCUUGAAUCCAUUGAUGCGGGGAAGAAGAUCACCCCGAUCCGUCCAGUAGCCUGUUUGGCAGGCUCCUUGAGCGUGGAGGAUAUGAAUAUCCGCCUGAUGUAG